UUGGCUGCUCUCCAUGGUUUUGAUUUGGUGGGCCAGAUCCUCAGUUGGAAUAAAACAGCAUAGGUCAAGUUACUUUUAUGGAGUUAUGCUCAUUUACACCAACAGAAGAUCUGUCUUUUACUCAGCAGACAAACCAGUUUCAUGACCUGGUGAUUGAUCCAGCUAAAAGUUGAAUUAAUCAUUGUAUGGAACUAGUUAGCAAGCAUUUCUUUUUAAAUCCCUUUUCCUACUUCCUGACACUAGGGACUUGCCUCUGUUUGAUUAAGAGAAACACGUCGUCCUCUCAACAUUUUCAGUAUUUAUUUUUCCAGAGUUUUUCACGCUCAUCAUGGCCUGUUAGUAGCUGGUUUACUGAGAUUUCGCCUGCCUAUAGAGUAAAGUUCCCCUAUAGAAUGUUCUGCUGUCUCAAAAGCUCCUGAAUUGGAUAAACUUUGGGGGCAGAGCCACAAAAUACUGUGAAACCUCUACAAGCAACCUCUGCUGAACAAGGAUUUCUUCUGCAUAUGCCCUUGGGAACUACAAAAAGACGCCAAGAGACAUGGCCUAGCUUUGAGGGUUUAAAGCUUUUAAAAUGAUGCUGCGAAUUGUAGUAAUUGUACUUACCAUCCUUUUAAGCAGCAGUUCUUCUCUCUCCUGCUCCAGUUGUGCUCUUGGUUAAGAGUGGUAGAAAAUUAUAUUUAAAUAAGAGAGAACAACUGUGGCAAACUUAUUUCAAGCAAUAUUAGUUACUAGGGGUAAAAUUAACUUGUGAUGAGGAGGGAUGUGCAAGACCCUUUUUACUACCCUUUGUCCAUCCCCAACAUGCUGUGGAGUUGGUCUCCAGAUCAACCCAUGUGGGGCUGGUGAGGAAGGCCAGUUUGGAGUUAGGUUGGGUGAGGAUUCUGCAUCAGCUGGUUCCAUAUGAGAGCAACUAAAGCUGCUAGCCAUACUUUGCCAACAAAGUGAUCUGAAAUUAGACACCAGUGAGGACAGUCUGGGAAGUCCUGGUGAGUAGAGGAAAUGGCAGCUGUCCAGCUAAGGAGGAAAGCUACCUAGCUGUGCUGUUCUGAGAGGGGUUGAAUCACUCCUCUGUUCUCUGUGGAGAACUGUUAACCUGGCACUCAGUAGUGAGACUGCUUUGUGGCUAAACCAAGUGUGAGCUGGAAAAGGAUGAUGCAACCAAAUUCCUUUCUCAUUUAGGCCCUGAUCCAAAGGUCAUUGAAGUCAAUGCCUUUGCUUCAAGUCAUAAUAUAAACACUUUAAUUGCUUUAUUUCCCCCAACCCCUUUAAAGAAAGACUGUAAGAACUUGCUAUUUUCCUCUAGGGGAAAUCCAGGUUUGAGAGGAAACCCAGAGACAAGUUAUUUGGGCAGGAGAUGGGACAAUUUCCUGAAUUAAAAUCUUUGUGUUACACUCCUCUGAAAACCCCUUCAUGUAUAUUUAUUGUGAUAUUUCAGGGGCUGCAUGUAUGCUUCUCUGUGUGGGAGGUUAUUAUCCUUUCUGCUCUAUUCAGGUACUUAUGUGUCUCCCACCUCCAUAGCAUUAGAGAGCAUAGCAAGUGGAUGUGCUGCUUAAGAAAGAGAGAGAAAGAAAGACAAAGGCUCAGCCCCAAUCAUCUUUCACUCCAAUUCCAGCAAAUACAAUAUACAGAUCAAAGAUCAAACCUACAGUGCGUGCAGAUAAUGCCAGAGAGGAGGUCAACUUUGGAAAGUUAUCCAAAAGAAAAGGGUUUUAUGGAGGAAUUUGAAGAAAGAGAGAGGCUUCUUGACUUGUAGGAAAAACACUGUUCCAAGUAUAGGGACCAAUUUCUGUGUCUAGAUUUAGUAUUACUUGAAAUUAUUUCUGCAAAUAUUCUUUUUGAGUGAUUUCUACAAACACAAAUAGUCUCCCACCAGGGGAAUUCUCAGCUGACCAUCUGUGUUCACAUUCUAGCUCCUUCACUCUGUCUGAACAGUGAAAAGUAGCCAGUCAGGAGAAAAGAAUCUGACCCAGUAUCUUUGACUGGAUGGCUGAGUCGUAAUGAGCCAGAGAGCAUUUUGGUAGAGAUAUUCCAUUUAACACGUCCUUUUGGUGACCUAUAUGACAUGGGUUGUUGAACAACCUGGUUCUAAGAGGGCAGGUAUCAGAGUGACAAAACUCAUUAUAACUAGCACCCCUGUUGAAUACCUCAGCGGAAAAGCCAAUGAAUGGGCAUAAGACACCUCUGAGGUGGUGUCUCCAUGCCAGGCUGAAAGUGCAUUGACAGGGUCGUGUGGGGAAGGCUGCACCAUCUUUCAAGGGCUGUACAUUCAGUUCUAAAUUUUUAUAUCAGACUCCUAAAUGUUUGUUGGAUUGUAAAAUAACAUUAUCUACAAAGAAUGAUAGAAUAAGCAAAAUGUCAGGCUUGUGCUGAGGAAAAAUAUAGACCAACAGCAAAACUGAAACAAGAAAACAAGGUUGUCAUUGUUUUUCUUCUGUCUAGGAGACAUUUAUGGCUAAAUCAAGCAUGCAUUUUUUUUAAAUUAAUCAGUGUAUAUUAAUCUCCCUGGAUUUCCCCUUUUUGAACAAUUUGUCAUUCAACUAAGCUGCUCUGGUAAAAUGUGCCAUAUGGUGGAAGCUUGGGAAUUUCCUUGUGUGUCAUAUUUCACAUUGUUUGUGUUUUGCCAGCUGGUAUAAGUAGGUAGUAACAGGGCAGGGCAGCAACACAGAAGAGUGAGGUUGGGAGACCGAUACAGUGGAUCUGUGAUCAUAUAAAGGUGCAUGUUUCUAAGAUCAUCUACACAGUAGCCACCUGUUGCCUGUCGAAGCAAUCGGAAUGGCUUUCAAAUCUACAAAAAACUCCACAGGAAAUCAAGUCAACUUUUUUCAGGAUGAUGAAGUCUGCAAGCACGGUGACUUUAUCAAAUCCCCACCUCCUCAGCUUUUCACUACACAGAGUUCUUGGAAAAAGCGAUGUUUCACCUUGUGCAAGUCUAGCAAGAGAUGCUACACCCUGAAGUACCUUAAAGGCCAACAGAUAAAGGGUUUCAUUGCAAUUGACCAGAUUUCAAAUAUAGAGAUUGGCAUAAGUAAUUAUGAGAAGAUGACAGCAGUAAGGAAGAUGUUCAAAUGCCACCCUGACGAAGUGAUAUCCAUCAGCACAAAUAGCAGGGAUUACUACCUCAUUGGGAAGGACAGGGAACAAGUUGAGGGCUGGUUCACUUCCCUGUCUUCAGCCCGCAUGGAGGCAAAAGAAGAUGGCUCCUCUGCUCAGAACCAGAAUCCUGCAGCUCAGAGAAGCAAAGGUCGGCCCCUCUCUUCACCACCAGCCUUUGAUGAAACAGUUGUGAGCACCCACGAGGAGAUUCCGAGUGACUGCAACAAAACUGAAGUGGAAGAUCCCGCAGACGACAAGAAAAGGCCCCACUCAGAUCCUGGUUCUCGCGGUCUCCCUGAACAGCAGCCUCGCCACAGCUCACCGACGCCUCUUCUUCCUGGUCUGAAUAACAAUUCUGAAAAGACCAGCCAACGUCAGCUGCUGCUGGAUUCAGAUGAGAACACCGGAGAGAAGGGGGAAGAAUAUUAUGCUUCUCCAAGCAGUGUUCUAGCACAGCUGGAAAGUGAGCUAUCGAAGUCUGAUCCCCCAGUUCAAUCACACAACCCAAUGGAGAAGGAGGAUCAUCUCAGCAGGAAGUUCUACGUGUCGAUGAAACCUCUGUUGCCUGAAGAGAAACUCCAGCCCACAUGCAGAAGUGAUGAAUUCCUGACCCUUCCCAGAAGCCAAAAAAAUAGCAUAGAUUUAAGAAACUGCGAGGCAGAUGAAAACCAACAACAGCUCAUGCAAAGCAGUACCAAUAAGCAGCUAACUGAAGAGAGAAAGCCAAAUGCAUCGUCACUAUCCGUGGUUCAGUUAUCUAUAAUAAUCAACAAAGUCACAGAGGACAGCCAACUACAAGAGGUGGAUAUUUGCAUCCCUCAUGCUGAUGUCACCAGUAAUCUAACGCUUAUUGAAGCAGCAGGACAAAUAUGUGUCUCUCACUGGAAGGGUCCCAGCCACUUAGGCUGUAUAUUUCACCACGGGGAUCACAUAGUGGCUGUGAAUGACCUGCGCACACAGAGCAUGGAUGAGGUUUCCUUGUUUAUCAGCAGGUCCAUGAGAAAGAAGGUGAAACUUACUAUCCGUCGGAUCCCAGAUUCAGACAUUUUCCAUAUUAAAGGAUGUUCAUGUUCCUAGAUAAGUGGUUGCCAUGUGCAUAUUCCUGAAGAUGGAAGGAUCAUUAUUUAAUAUUUCUAUUCCAGUUGCACUCAGAUGCCUCAUUGUAUUGUGCCCUGUAUAAACACAUAGGAUCCUAUUUAGAAGGCAUCAGCUGUGACACUGAAGGUAGAAGGGAAAAGGACAACAUCUGCCUGAAGAACUUCCAUUCAUUCAAAGUGGUGGUGGGGCCGUUUCUCUUUAAAUUGUCUUUUUUUGAGCAACAUCACUGGUGCCACAACAACGCCGUUACUUGAUCGAAGGACUGUUUUUUUCAUGGCUAAGAUGGCUUCAGAUGUGAUUCAAAUUGGGAUCACUUUCUACCAAAUUGGGAUUGGAGUCUUCUCUGGUUUUGCAGACAAAUCAGCCUUCAGGACAAUCUUCCAGCCUUGAAAAUGGCCACCAUGCCAUUGAAUUGCAGUACAAAGAACUAACUUCCUUCUCCUAACUAGGGAGGAACAAAGGAGGUAGAAAUGGCGUUAGAAGUAAUUUCCUGCCACUUCCUGGAGCAAAUGUUCAUGAAGGGAGGCAUUAACAGGUAUAAAAUCUGUCUGCAGUUGUCUUUGGAAAAACACUAUUGCAGAGAAAUUUGCAUAUAUCCGUUGAAGCAGAAAAUGAACCAUGCAAUCUGCAUCUCUCUGUUAUGGCUCUCACUAUUAUGGCAAUAGUGUUGUUCCUAUGGCAAAAUGAAGUUUUGGUAGAUUUGUCUAGCACUGCAUGUUCAUAUGUUUUCAGAAAAUUUCAGAAAAAUUGGGAUUCAUUUCCUACUUUUGUGAGUCAGAACCAAGGUGCUACCAAGUGAUUGUCAGCUGCUGCUUGCUAUUAUGUCAGAUUGUGUACAGCAUAGAUAUUACAUGGUGUGAUUUUAUUUUUGAUGCAGAUUGUAUUUUACCUAUAAAACACAGAGGUGAGAGCCAUGUGAUGAAUUAGAGGGACAUGAGCUAUGUUCCACAGGGAUGUGAUGCAAUUUAACACGUUCCUAUGACUGCAUCACCUGCCCAAAAUUAUCCCAGCUGGACUUGCUCUAACAUUCCAAACCUUUCUGGGGCUUCAAACACCCCCUGCAUUUAAACAAAAAAUGGACUUGCCACAGAAGUAUUGCUUUCUUCUCCCAGUUACACCUGCCCAAAGCCCUGGAUGGGCAAUAUACAACCCGGGUCCAAUAACAACUUUUCUAGACCUACAAGCAUCAUGGCUUAAAUAUUCAACAUCUCAUGGCCCUUCUGGGCUAGGAACAGCAGCUUUAUACUAAUGGGAAUGGGAGAUACCCAACUCCCAUUAUGACCCAACACUCCCCUCUAGCAAUGGAAGGCCCAAAGGCAAUGACUUUAGACUUGUGCUAUUCUUAGGUCGAGAGGUGUUAUUUUUAGAUCACUUUUAGGUGUUUUACCUUUAAUUUUAAAGUUCUCUGAGCUGUGCACAGCUGAACCAUGGUCCUUCUCUUUGUAUCUAAGUGUUAUAUAAAAUAUAAUAUAUUGUA